AUGGAGAAGGUGUCAAUUGAGCAAAGACCUGAGGAGAUGAGAAAGAGACCCUUCCCACCCCUACCACUGACCCAUGGACUAGAAGGCCAAAGCCUGAAAUGGAGAGCCUUCAGGCAGGGGACAGCUCUGCACUGUUCCUUUGGUUGUUUCAGGCUCCUCUGAGAGCACACCCUCCCAGUCAGGUAACUGACAAAGUGACAUCGGAAGGCCUCUGCUAUGCGGCUGCCACCGAAACCGGGGACAGAUCAAAGCCGAAGAGGACCAACAUCUGUGGCAACCAAAGCAAGGAAGAGGUACGCUGAGUCAGAAAUCUCCAUUGUGUAUUUGUGCAGUGACUUUUGGAACUCAAGCAAAGGAGCUUUCAUUUCGGGUGAAAUUCAUCUUUGUAGAUUUGACCAAGGCUAGCCUUUGGAGAGGUUAUUGAUUUAAAAGAUGUUGCCUGCGAGUGGGCUGAGGGCAGAGCCGUUGGUGGCACCAUCAUAGUCUUCUAGAACUUGACAUCAACCUGUGGUCACUAUCCUUUGGGUGUGGUUAUUGAACUAACUGCUCAUCUCCUGUAUUGUGCUUCUCUAAUGUAUAAUCCACCAGUGUAUCCAGAAGGCUACCACAAGAAAGGAUACAUGCCUUUCUGAAAUCCAAUGUACUUGGUCCCCUGAAUUUCCUUGAUUUGCUAUUCUAGUAACCCUGCUAAAGAAAGAAGUAAGGUUCAUGUGAUAUUUUGCAGUAGACAAGAGCUAUGCUAUAAAUGCAGAUGUAAACAUCAUAAGUACCAUUUUGUAAACAUUGCCUGCCAGGAAGAACUGGUAUGUGUUUCAGAUAUGCCAGGGAACUGGGUCUGUAAAAGAGAAGCGAGCGAGAGAAAAAAUGGGGACCUAAAGGUGAUUUGAGCUAAUCAAAAGCAGGGGCUGGGGGAACACUUUAUGGAAAAGGCACCAGUUCCAGUGAUUUUGGGGGUCCUGUGACUGCAAGAGUAAGUCUUGGGCUAGAACUUUUGCCCUGGAGAAGCAGCCAUGAGGCUUUGAUUCUUCUAGAGCUAGAAACUCCAGGCAGGUUCUGACCCCUCCAAGCUGUUUGAGCCCCCAUGCCUGUUCCCUCUGGAAUGCCUCUUUCUGCUGCCCUCCUGGUGUAUAUCUCCCCAUCUUUUAUUUUCAUUACAAGUCUUCCAUCUUCUAACAAGUCUUGCUUGCUUCCUCCUUACCUCUAAUUCCAGACUUUCCAGGUAAAACUCAAUGCUCCUCCCACUGUGACCUUCUGUUCUCUGUAUAGAUGUCUACAUUUGCACUAAAAACACUUUAUUGUACAGAGGUAUUGAGGGAUUUUCCACUCAAAUGGCUAACCUUGUAAUCAGCUCUUUGUUCUGUUUCUGUAGAGAGCUUGUGCGUAGGCCGAAGGGCAGAGUGAUCUCCAGAUCAACUGAAGGCUCACCCUCCCCUUUGAUUGUUCUGUCUAGAUAACAGAUGUGUUGCCUCAGUUCCUGUCUGAAAUCUCAUGCUCUGUAACUGCUCUUAGCCCAUAGCAACUCCUGUGGUCUGUAACUACCUGAGGAUAAAUCAACCAAUCAGCACAUGCCAACUGUAACAGCAGGAUAAGCCCUAUAAAAGCAAAAUUGCCCCUGAGCUCUGGGCCCAGAUCUUCAGAGCUCUAGCUCUUCUGGUUUCUCUAACUCUCUGAGUGGUGCUUGGUUCCUCGCUGGUCUGAAUUCCCAAUAUUUCUGUAACAGUAUGAGCAUAGGCUUUGAGUUCAGUAGACUUAAAUUUCGGCCCUGACUUUGCUUCUUAUUUUAAUCUCUCUAAAUCCCAAUUUCUUCAUCUAUAACAUCGGGACAAGAAUUAAUACUCAAUAGGACUAUCAUGAGAAGUCAACAGGUAAUGAAUGCAACGCACUGGAUUAAUUAUUUAUUGCUGCAGAACAAAUAACCUCAAGUUUAGUGGCUCAAACCAACAAUAAACACUAUCUCACCCUGCACCUGUGGGUCAGGAAUUUGGAACAGCUUACCCGAGUGGUUCUGACUUGAGGUUUCUCAUGAGGUUGCAGUAAUCUAAAGGCUUGUCUGAAACUGGAGGCUCUGCUUCCAAAAUGGCUGAGACACAUGGCUGUUGGGAGGUUUCAGUUUCUCAUUGGUUAUUGGUGUGAGGCCUCAGUUUUUCUUUAUGUGGACUUCCCUAUAGAGCUUCUUGAAUGUCUUCACUGCAUGGCAGCUGAUUCUCCUUAGGGUAAUUGAUCUAAGAGAGAACAAGGUGGAAGCGGCAAUAUCAUUUAUGGCUUAGCCUUGGAAGUCACAUAUGUGUUGGUUUUUUUUCCCCCCACAAAUCCUAUUAGUUAUACAUGUCAGCUCUACUCAUUGAUCAGGGGCCUACACAAGCACAGGAAUAGCAGGAGGUGAGGAUCAUUUUGGGGCCAUUAAGGAGGCCAGCUAUCACAAGUGCUUAGCCCAAUGUUUAUCAAAAGCAUAUCAUAUCAUAAAGUGAAAACAACCUAAGUGUCUGCUGACAGGUGAAUGGAU